AUCAUUACAAAGACCUCCAAAAAAAAGAAAAGAAAAGUACUUCCUGCACAAAACCCACUUUCUUUUUCCCAUCUCUAUGGUGGGAAAACACUUUUCAUCUGGGUUUUGAUCAUUCUCAUUUGCAGGAGGAAAACUUUUCAUAUAAGAGGGACAAAAAAUAAAGAAACAAAAUGGUGAAUAAGGUGGUCUUGCCUGGAAUAUCCCUUAUUCUUGUUGUUGGUGUAGCACUUGCAGUUGUUGCAGUGGUUAACAAGAACAAUAAUUCCACGACGGAGAAUCUGUCCCCAAAGAUGAAGGCAGUCUCAACCAUUUGUUCUAAUACUAAUUACCAAGAAGAAUGCCAAAAUACACUUACCAAUGUUGCUCAUAAUGCCUCUUCAGAUGACCCUAAGGAGUAUGUUAAAGCAGCAAUUCUUGCCACUAUGGAGGAGGUUAAAAAGGGCUAUAAUUUGACUGAUGGCUUUAUGAUUGAGGCUGCUAACAAUGCCAGUAUCAAAAUGGGUGUUGAGGAUUGCAAGGACUUAUUGCAAUUCGCCAUUGCCCAGUUGCAGGCAUCUUACACAACUGUUGGCGAACCUGAUUUGCACACCAACGCCGAUCGUGUCGCUGAUAUUAAGAAUUGGCUCACUGCUGUUAUUUCUUAUCAACAAUCUUGUCUCGAUGGACUUGGAGAAUUUGAUCCAAACCUUCAACAGAAGAUGCAAGAUGGUCUUGAUAUUGCUGCUAAGCUUACUAGUAAUGCUCUUGCUAUUGUUGAUACAGUUUCUGAUAUUCUUCAAAACUUCGGCUUGCAAUUCAAGGUUCAACCAAGUGGUCGCAAGCUCCUUGGAACAAUAGAGGUUGGGAGCGACGGGUUCCCGACAUGGAUGUCGGGGGCAGACAGGAAGUUGCUGGCAUCAAGAGGAGGCGGUCGAGUGAAACCGAAUGCAGUGGUGGCGAAGGAUGGUAGCGGACAGUUCAAGACCAUUGGUGCUGCAUUGGCUGCAUACCCAAAGGCCCUAAAAGGAAGAUAUGUAAUCUACGUGAAAGCAGGGAUCUAUAAUGAAUAUGUCACUGUGACUAAAGACAUGACAAACAUUUUUAUGUAUGGAGAUGGCCCAAAAAGAACCAUUGUCACUGGUCGCAGGAGCAACCGUGCUGGCUACACCACCCAAGACACUGCUACUUUUAUCGCCAUAGGAGCAGGAUUUCUUUGCAAAUCCAUGGGAUUCCAAAACACAGCCGGUCCUGAAGGCCACCAAGCCGUAGCCCUUAGAGUCCAAUCCGACAAAUCUGCCUUCUUUAACUGUAGAAUGGAUGGCUACCAAGACACUCUCUACGUGCAAACUGAACGUCAAUUCUACCGCAAUUGUGUCAUAUCCGGCACCGUAGAUUUCAUCUUCGGCGACUCAACCACCAUCAUUCAAAACUCCUUGAUCAUCGUUCGUCGUCCAAUGGACAACCAACAAAACACUGUCACAGCCAAUGGUCGUGCCGAUCCAAAAGAAGUAUCAGGCUUGGUGAUCCACAACUGCAGAAUUGUGCCAGAACAGAAGCUCUUUGCUGAGAGGUUCAAGAUUCCAACAUACUUGGGGCGCCCAUGGAAGCAAUACGCUAGAACUGUGAUCAUGGAGACUACAUUGGGCGACUUCAUUAAGCCGGAUGGAUACAUGCCAUGGUCUGGAAAUUUUGCAUUGGAGACUUGUUUGUAUUUGGAGUAUGGGAACAGAGGACCUGGUGCUAACACCAACAGGAGAGUAAGAUGGAAGGGUGUUAAAGUCAUUCCAAGAACUGAAGCUUUGAAAUUCACUGCUGGAUCAUUUCUUCAAGGAGGAAGUUGGCUUCCAGGCACUGGUGGGCCUUACCUCUUGGGCUUGAAAGGCUAAAAAAAUAAGGGAUUGUGCUUGUUGAUGAAGAAUGUAAUAUAAUUUAUUUGAUUUCCCAUUCUAUAACAAUUAUGCCUUAGAUCUUAGUUGGUAUUUUGUAAGCAAUUGCAAAUGGCCUUAAUGGUCACAACUUUGAGAAGGCAUUCAUUUUUUACAA